AUGAAGGUCGUCGGAAUUGCUCUUGUUGUCGUGCUCAUCUCAGGCCUUUUCAGCUUUUCGUGCUCUCAACAACACGAUAGUCAAGUACUUCACGUCAGAGUUCGUCGCGGGUUUGGGUGUCCAUUCAGCCAAGCAGCCUGCCACGGACACUGCAUAAGCAUCAGACGCCGGGGCGGAUAUUGUUCAGGAUGCGCCAAGCAAACUUGCACCUGUUACCGGAAAUAA